AUCUCAUGCUUGUUGAUUGGUUCGUUGCGCCACCGCAUUGGCAGCCUGGGCAGCCGCUUGUAGCUGACCGCUUGUAGCCGUUAUCGGUGUUCCGAGCCGUUUGCGUUGUGCUCGCGCUCCAGUGAACCCCUGUCCGCGUCAGCAUGGGCGUUGAAGUGCAGACCAUCUCUCCCGGCGACGGUCAGACAUUCCCAAAAAUUGGUCAGACAGUUGUGGUCCACUACACAGGUACCUUGGCAGAUGGUGCAAAGUUUGACUCAUCACGGGAUAGGGGCAAGCCAUUCAAGUUUCGCAUUGGCAAAGGGGAAGUCAUUCGCGGCUGGGACGAGGGUGUUGCUCAGAUGAGUGUCGGCCAACGAGCCAAGCUGAUCUGCUCUCCAGACUAUGCCUAUGGAGCCAUGGGCCACCCUGGCAUAAUCCCGCCCAACGCCGUGCUCACAUUCGAUGUGGAACUGCUGCGGCUCGAGUAAAAGGCACGGUUGCUCCACGCCCCCCCAGCUCUCCGAGCAUGCGUCGGCGCCAUGGCUGGCUCCGGACUUCGCUCACCUCUCGCCCAAACCCCACCACCAAGCGUUUCUGUUUGUUUGUUUCAUUUGUUUUGUCUCCUCUUUGCCCCCAGCAAAGUCUCGGACAGAGGCUUCACCUUCCUCUCGUGGGCAGUUGAAGGGCAGCCUUGUUUGCACCCUGCGUCAGGCCUCCUCCGAGCAGCGGACAACACACUUUUAUCUGUUGAACAGCAUCCAGGAGGGAAUUCUUUCGGGAAUCGAGAUUCAUGCCCCAAACGUUUUCAACAAGUGUUUUCUUUUUUUCUGUUUUGCUGGGCUGGUAAUGCUCAUUGUGCCCAACGAACUAGCCCAAAUUGUGCGGGAGACCUUCCAUUUUUUCCUGCGUGCUCUCCAGCCGUCGAGUUGCUGCUAGUGACCCAGGCCACCUCGUGAACAAAAAGGAGUUUCAGCAGAAUCUGAUGACACGUUGCAAGAACCGCCGUGGAUUGUGGCAGUGUUGGAAAUCCCAGGAUGGUCUGCCGUCGGGAGAUGUCCACCGAUCACCGUGGGGGUCCUGACAGCGUGCGUGCAGCAGAAGCAGCAGCGAGCAUGCGUCCUCUUCUUGCCUCGGCAUAUGAGAUCCCGUGCUUUGGUGGUGUUUCAGGGCAGCCGACCACUCUGCUCGAAGGAGCCUUUGACAUUGGACUUGCCAAGAAAGCCGCCGUGUUUCUCUGUGUACGCUCUCUGGUUGUUGGGGACGUGGUGUUGGCGCGGUGCCUUGAUGAUGCCGAAUUGCCACACUGCACCCUGGAACUAUGCACCCCUCCCGUGCCCUGUACCUGUGUGUGAGAAAUAGAGAUGUUCCAAAUGCACCUUU